AUGGAAGAGACGUCGGUCCACCGUCAAAGUGACAUCCGUUUGUGUAUGAAAUACCCGAAAUGUAUAAGAAACAUAUGUAUCCUUGCUCACGUAGACCACGGCAAAACUACUGUUGCAGACUCUCUUCUUGGAACGAACGGAAUAAUAACCAAACGUUCAGCUGGUACGCUCAGAUAUUUGGACGAUCGCUUGGAUGAGCAAGAACGUAAGAUUACAAUGAAAAGCAGUGCAGUAUCUCUUGUGAAUCCAGUAUAUUGUGAUGUUACCAAAACUGAAAAAUUAAUGUUGUUGAAUAUGAUUGACACUCCUGGACAUAUAGAUUUCUCAUCAGAAGUGACGGCAGCUGUAAGAGUAAGUGAUGGAGCUAUUAUAUUAGUUGACGUUGUUGAAGGUGUGUGUGUGCAAACUAGAGAAUCGAUGAAGCAAGCUUUUGAACAAAAAGCUAAAAUGAUUCUUUUACUCAAUAAAUUGGAUAAGCUUCUUAUAAACAAAGACAUGCAUCAAAUUUUCAUCAGAAUUUCUCAAAUUAUUGAAGACUGCAAUUCAGCAGUCGCACAGUUGUAUCAGUAUACAGAAAGUGAAGUCGAUAUUGAAAAUACUGAUCUGCUUUUCCAACCAGAAAAGGGAAAUGUUAUUUUUGCAAGUGCAAUACAUGGAUGGGGAUUCACUUUAAAACAAAUAGCAGCAAUGUUCACCAGUAUGCUUCCUGAUGAAACUGUAGAAUCAUUGAACAUAAAACUGUGGGAUUUUGAUCUGUAUAUUGAUGCAAAAAGUAAAUCAGUAAAGAAAGGAGCUAUAGAAAAGGCAAAAACUAAUGUAUUUACUCAGUUAUGUGUGAAAACACUCAAACAUGUUUAUAAAACAAUAUUAGUUGACGAGGAUAAGGAAAAAGUGAAUGUCAUUUUGGAGAAAUUGGGUAUUAAACAAAUGACAAAGGAUAUGAAGCACAGAGAUUCCAAAAUACAAAUAAAAUCCAUUUUAGAGACUUGGAAAUCAUUAGCAGAAACAAUACUCCAACAAUGUUACAGUGUUGUUCCAGCCCCUUGUGCCAUUCCAUCAGAGAAAAUCGAAUAUUUGCUGAACAAAAAUAUUCUCUGUGAAGAUCCCUACUUGAACGAAUGCAAAGAUGAAUUGAUAUCCCAUUUAAAAAAUUGUUCUUCUGAUGAUGCAGCUCCUGUUGUGUUGUAUGUUUCUAAAAUGUUCUGUGUGAAUAAGUCUAAUUUAUCGCAAAACCAAUCUGGGUCAAGAACUUUGGAAGAAUCGAGAAGAAUCAGAAAUGAAGCAUUGAAAAAUGGUGAAGAAGUCAAAGAGGAGAAAGACAUUGUUACUGUAGCUUUUGCUAGAGUAUUCAGUGGAAAUUUGAAAGUGGGGCAAGAAGUUUAUGUUCUACAUCACGGUUAUAUGCCUGACAAGACUAAGAUAGAAGAAAAUAUCGGGAGUUUUAUUGAAGGAAACAAAUAUAUCAAAAAAGCCACAGUGAAAGAACUGUACGUGUUAAUUGGAAGGAACCUAACUCUUGUUGAUAACAUACCAGCUGGUAACAUUUGUGCUAUAGGGGGCUUAGAGUCUUCUAUUAUAAGAACAGCUACAGUUUCGAACACAGUCAAAUGUAUCCCUUUCAUUGAACAACAAACUUUAGAGCCCGUGGUACGGAAUUAUAUUGAACCUCUUGACAUUAUGGACUAUAAAGCUUUACUUGAUGGCGCGAAAGAAUUGAUGCGAAACGAUUCUUGUGUUCAAUUUUAUAUUCAAGAAACUGGAGAAUUUGUUCUAUCAACUUCUGGUAGUGUACAUCUUGAAAAAUGCCUGGAAGAUCUAAAAACAAAGUUUGCUAAAGUUGAAUUCACUGUUUCCCCCCCCAUGGUCUUGUUGCGUGAAACAAUAAUACAUGAGUCAAAUAGAUACGACAGCGGAUACGAUGAAUCGAAAAUUGUCAGUCUUACUUCCGGACCUUUUACAGUUUCAGUGAUAGCUGUGUCGUUACCAACAUAUAUUUCUAACUUUGUUGAACAUAACUAUGAACUUCUGAAGAUGAUAGAGGAGUUUUCAGCUAGGAACGUAGGAGAAAGUAAUGAGGAUGGUGAGAAGGUAUUCGCAGAUGAAAAAAUCAACUCUGCAGUUUCCAGACUCAAGGAAAACCUGAGAAACGUAUUCAGUACAGAGAACAACCUUUGGGCUACCCUUCAUGAUAAAAUAUGGAGUGUUGGUGAACGGAAGAACAGUAUCAAUUUAUUGAUAAAUGGAAUUCCCGACUAUGAAUGCAACAUAUUCAAGAAAGCUUCAGACGAUGCCAGACAAUCUUACAAUUGGUGUAUAAAAAAUCCCUUCAAAUAUACUUGUAAAUCUGGCCCCCUUUGCAAAGAACGCUUGAUGAAUUGCGCUUUCAUUGUAAAAGCAUUUGAGUAUGACCCAAAUUACUCCGAUAGUUCCAAGGCUGGUAAUAAUAGGGUAAAUCUUCAAAUAGUCGAAGGGCAUAUUACUUCCUUAUUCAAGAAAGCGUUAGAGAAGAGAACCUUGAGAUUGAUGGAGCCAGUUUUCACUACUGAAAUUCAAGUGAACACCUCGAUUUUGAGAAACGUGCACGACGUUAUUGGAAAAAGAAACGGCAAAAUCGUUAACUCUGUAUGUAUGGACGAGGAGGAAAAAAAAUACUUCGUGAAGGCUCACCUUCCUGUUAUCGACAGUACAGAUUUUGUGGAUGAGAUUCGCAAAAUGACAUCAGGUCAGGCUUCUCCCAAUCUGAAAUACAGCCACUAUCAACUAAUUGACAAAGAUCCAUUUUACGAACACAAGACCGAGGAUCAGAUUGAUAAGAAAGCUGUUAGAGCGAGUAACAUGUUGAGGGAUGCAAGGAAAAGAAAAGGACUCCCUGUUAAGGACCAGGUGGUGAUACAUGCCGAAAAAGAAAGGAAUAGGAAUAAGAAAAAAUAA